CAACCCAACUAUACAGCCAUAGCCACCAUCUCGAUCUUCAACAUGUCACGUCUGUCUUAGCAUUGCCCAUUUCCAUUUCCCCGCACAUAAAGGCUGUGUAGGUAGGUAGCGAAUACGUGUACUUGCGUGUGUCACGCUUUAUAGUUGGCUGGGUGGAUGUAUUUUCUUGAUAGGGGUGUAUCCUGUUUUCCUAUAAGCCCCCGACAAUUAAGUUACUUAUAUCAAACCAACACAUCUCUCAAAUACAUACGACCAUAGGAUCUGGAAAACUCGGGGUCCCGUCCGCUCCCCCAUCGAUAAGCCAGAUACCGCCGGAUUAGUAGUUGGGUCGGUGACGACCAGCGAAUCCCCGGUGUUGUAUGUUCUGUCUGUUUUUUUUUUUUUUUCGGAUUUUUGUGUUCUUAUCCAAUGAAAAUCCUACGAUAGCUUCGACUUGGUUUCAUGGUUGGAGAUUUGUCGUAUGUUAAGUGGCUGAAUUGAGUAGUAGAUCAAGGUGGUAAUCAUUGAUUCGACUCAUAUGUUCACCACUUUCCAAGACUUUCCACCUACUUAGUAUUACACAUAAUUUGUGCAGGCCAUUUACACGAUGGCCAUCUGUCGUAUUCAUCAGGGCUACCCUCAACUCCGGUCAUUCGAUACAGAUGCAGCUUCUCUGGUGGAAAUGCUACAUCGCGCAUAUGGCAUCGAUAGCACGCCGAUAUGUCUCCAUUGUGCAGCGAUUUUAGAGGCGAUGCUCUAUUUUAAGCCAGGCAUCAUGAAAGAAGAUUCCGAGAUCUCCUGGAGCGACAUCUCAAUACAAAUUAUGAUAUUCGGCCAGUUAAAAUUACAAAGAGUGAACGUUUAUAACACCCCGCCUUUAAUAACAAGCAAAGUGGCGCGCAACCCGUUUUUAUUCGACGUUAUCCAACGACCCUCCGGUAGUACUACACACGCACAAAAUACCACUAAGCUUUCGGGCCUAAGUUCCUUUGGGAAAGACACGAUGUGGAUGGACAGAAGCCGAUCCUGGGAUGUUUUGGAAGACUCUUCAACCCAGAUGGCCUUCGAUCGUGCUACUGGGUGGCUUUCUCACUGUAUGGAGUUUGAUGAAUCUUGUAAUCCGCCGAAUAAGAACUUUGUACCCCGCCGCCUUCUUAAUGUCAGGCAUAACGACCAGUCAGGCGAGCCGUUUCUCAUUGAUCCCAGUGAGCCAACGGUAUAUGCUUGUCUUAGUUACUGUUGGGGGGAAGACGUCGGAGACGUUUUGAAAACGACAACAUCCAAUAUCAAUGACCAUUACAAGGAGGUCCCUUUAACUUCUAUGCCUAAAAGUCUACGAGACGCUGUCAUGGUCUGUAGGGGGCUUAGCAUCCUAUACCUGUGGGUGGAUUCUAUCUGCAUUAUCCAAGAUGAUUACGACGCCUGGUACCAAGAUGCGUCGAUAAUGGACCAAAUCUACCUCAACUCCCAGGUCACAAUCUCAGCACUAGAGCCGAAUAAUUGCAAAACGGGAUUCUUAGGAAAACAGAAAUUCGGUCUUCCCGGGUGGCAACAUGAAGUCCCGUCUCCAGAUAUAUCAGAAAAAAUUAUAGCCCGGCCAGGAGUUAAUCAAGGUAUAGAAUGUUCUUUGGAUAAAAGAGGCUGGUGUUUGCAGGAGACAUUACUUUCUCAUCGAAGGCUCUGUUUCAAUGGAAAUGAGAUGAGCUGGGAGUGUCUAUGUCGCAAAAUUUGUGAGUGUGGACACUGCGUCUGGCCAAGAUUCGAAGUAAUGGAGCAAAAAUACGAACCAAAUAGUGUUCAGCUUGGAGCGUUAUUAAGGGAAAUUGCAUCGCAAUCUGCACCAGUACAAAAUAUGGAGGCUUAUAAUAUAGGGGUUUCCGAGCCGCAUGGGGAAUGGCUUAAAGGGAACAGGCCAACCGAGGAUGUUGAUGGAGCGCCGGAAAGGAUCUAUGACCUUUGGAGAAGGGUGGCAUCGAACUAUUCACGACGCGCAGUUUCUCGUCAGAGCGAUAGACUAGUAGCACUCGCCGGGCUAGUCAAUAUCAUGCGUAAGAGCAGCCGGUCCGAAACAAGCACAAAGAAUGAAUACAUUGCUGGGCUCUGGAAGAAGGAGCUUCAUUUUGAUCUAACCUGGAGAGUGGCUGCGUUCAAUUCUAGAUCAAGGUUAUCGGCUGAUGAAGAAUCCGAUGUCGUGGAUCAAGCACCAUGCUUCCCCUCGUGGUCAUGGGCAUCUUGCGAGGGAGCGAUCAGUUACGAUGAUUAUAUAUCACCGUUGUUAAUUUGGCGCGGGACCGCAACCGGAAUCAGAGUAGCCGACAAAUGUUCUAUUAAAAGUAUCGAGGGAAUUGCGGAAGAUGGCACCCCUACGACCAAAGGCGGCCGCAUAAGCUUGGAAGGAGCAUUAAUGCCUGUUGAACUGGCAAUAUUUGGCGAGUAUAUCCACCCGGUCGGACCCUUCAUCCCUGUCCGAGAAGCCAACAGUUUUCCAUUCCGAUUAGGAUACCCUAGGAAUGACUUACCGGCGAUAUCAGCCUUUGUAAGACCGCGAACCUUAUACUCGGCAAGAGUGUACCUCGACGAGCCCACAGACUCGACAAUGAGUCAAAAUGAUGCCCAAGCCUCUUGUUGGAUCAAUGGGCGGUGUGAAGAGCAUUGCUGUUCAUGGAACCAGGGUCGAGAUGAUACUGAAACUAGGUAUUAUUGUUUUAAACUCUUUUCAUGGAUUUUGAACAACGACGCGCGGAAUCCAAUGUCAAACAAUCGUUAUAAACCAGGAACAACUGAGACUGAGACAUCGUUCCUUGUAUUGAAGUUAUCUCAGCGUGUUAAGGGAGCGUUCGAAAGAAUUGGUGUUGGCUUUUGGGCCGAGGGGCGGAAUUUAUUUCGGGGUGUGGAAAAUGCCAACCUAUUUGAAACGGCCAAGACGGAAGUUAUCGAUAUUAUAUGAAACCAUAUAUUAUAAAAUAGCUAUGAGGGGGAUUAGAUUUUCCAUAAUAUGUCGAAGCCAAGGUUAAUGAUGCCUUAGGUAGGUAAAUAAGUGUAUAAUGUACCUAACGUUCAUUAUGCCUCUCCUUAUGAGUUUCAGUUCUUGACUUAGUUAAUCAUUUUUGAUUAUUUUAUAGACGUUAUACAACAAAUACUAUAUGGCUAAGAACAAAAUAUAGAGUAAACAAAUG